UUUGCAGACCAGUAAACACCAGAACGAACCAGCAGCCAUCUGACUGCAUCAUCAGUGGUUACCGUGGCAACCGUCACAAAGCCGUUACCACGUCCACGCAUUUACCGUGACUUCAGCUGCCGUACUGUGUCCGCAUCUCAUAAAAACGCAGCCGAACCCGCAGCGUUACAUCCGGUCCGCGCGCGUUCGGAGCGAGAUGACGGACACAGGAGGAGCGCGAGCUGACAGGAAGUGACCGAGAGCGGAUCGAUGGAUGUGAUUAGAAAUGGUAACCCAGUGGGUCGCAUUAAUAGCUUAGAGCGGUUCUAAGGAGGUUCUCCCUCCUUGAUCGGUGUUUCUGCUCAUACAGGUCAGUGGUUCUGAUCCAGAUUCCGUCUUCCAGUUCAGACAGGUCCGUAUCCAGGAUGUUUGUUUCUGCUCAAUCUGGGUCUGAUCCAGAAUCAGUUUUUUCACUCAGAGUGGUCUGUGGUUCUGAUUCAGGAUCAGUGUUUCAUUGUGAACUGCACCAUGAACUGAAGGUCUGUGAUUCUUAGUCAACUGAAAUAUUUGAACUGAGCUGCAGAUGCUGCAGCACAUCUAGACUGGGUCCACAUAAAGCCACCAGUUGAAUGACAACAGGUUCUGAGCUGGUUAUGGUUCUGAAACAGUUCUGUGUGAUAUGCUUCUAAAUGUGGGAACAUCUAUAUUUAAUGAGGACUCCUGCGGAUCAGUCGCAGCUUCAGUGGAUGACCUCUCCAUCUGGGAGCUGCUGUCAGGAGACGAAGGUCAGCAGCAGGCGGUGAAUGUAGCUCAGACCAAUGUCAAUAAUUGAUCAGCAGCUGCAGGACUAACUGGGAGCUGAUGGGAACCAGUUCAGAUGCAGAAACUCGAUGGAUUCUCCUGUUAGCAGGGCUCUUCAGUCCGGCUCCAACUACACAGGCGACUCCGUGGGUUCGAGUGUUACCACCUCACCUGUAGAACCCAGGGUCGUCUCCAUAGCAACCGGCUUGGUGACGGCAGCCACGCAGGCUGCCAGGGGAGCGUCAGGAAACCUCUCGGCCCUCAGGAAGCAGAGGGGCACCGACUUUGGUGAUAUCCAGCUGCCAGCGAUGGCGGCAGUUCUGAGUGCUGCUGACGGUAACUCAGCUCUGCAGGGCGUGGCUGUGGCGGCUCAGGCUCUGGUGCUGCUCUUCAUCUUUCUUCUGUCAAGUCUGGGUAACUCUGCGGUGGUCGUAGUUAUCAUCAAACACAGACAGCUGCGAACAGUGACCAACGCCUUCAUUAUGUCUUUGUCACUGUCGGACUUCCUGACGGCCGUGCUGUGCCUGCCCUUCUCCUUCGUCAUGCUCUUCAUCAAGGAUGGUGUCUGGAUGUUUGGAGACGCCUUCUGCGUGGCCAAUGGAUUCUUCAACACCUGCUUCGGGAUCAUCUCCACGCUCACCAUGACGCUGAUCUCCUUUGACAGGUAUUACGCCAUCGUCAAGCAGCCUCAGGCUAAGAUCGGCCGUCAAAAAGCCACCCAGCUGCUGGUUGCUGUGUGGUUAACGGCGGUGGUUUUCUCCUUGCCCGGGUACCUGCUGGUUCGGACCUCAUCAGGAGUCCAUAAACGAGGGUUCUACCACUGCAUGUACGUGUUCCAUCCUGGCAGCUCUGGUGUAGGGAAGGCGUACAGCAUCUCCCUGAUCGUGGUAUGCUACCUGCUGCCAUUCUCCCUCAUGUGCUUCUGCCACUACAACAUCUGUAAAACAGUGCGGCUCUCUGAGAUCCGAGUUCGGCCCGUCACCACCUAUGCGUACCUGCUACGAUUCUACAGUGAGAUGAGAACAGCCACUACGGUUCUAAUCAUGAUCGUGUUCAUCAUCUGCUGCUGGGGACCGUACUGUCUGAUGGGCCUGGUCACAGCCAUCGGGAACUACCGGUUCAAUCCGGCCAUGGACACUGUGGCCAUCUGGCUAGCGUGGGCCAACGGUGCCAUCAACCCCAUGAUCUAUGCUCUGAGGAACCCCAACAUCUCCAUGCUCUUGGGCCGCAGCCGGGAGGAGGGCUACAGGACCAGAAACAUUGCUACCUACCUGUCCAGCCAAAGCCGGAACCGGGUCAGGGACCGGUACGUUAGCCGAGCCGGGACCAACAACAACAGCCGACUGUCGAGCUCCAGUCCUGGAAAAACAGGAAUGGCAGGAGGAGGAGAGGUGGCUAUGUGGGCCUGCAAGAACCCGGCCGUGUUCUUCUGCAGGGACACCCAACACGACACGUCGCUGCCAAAUGCUGGUGGGGAGCUAAAGACAAAGACGGCCGAUACCAGCCUGUGACCGGGUCAGAAGCAAGAGUCCUUCUGUUGGAUUCCUGGUUUGAUCCAGAAACCUGAAGGACCAUCUGUGCCGUUGAUGUUCUGACAUUUGAAUGCAGAUCUUUUACUUUGCUUUGACGUUUAAGGAGCUUUUUUUAUGAGAAAUGUAAGCAGAACCUUUGUGUAAAUGAUUCAUCUAGAGGCGGAACAAGAACCAGCUCUGCGUUUCCUUGCUUUUCAAAGUGCCAAACGUUCCUCCCCGGGAAAACACUGUUCAGUUCUUCAGAUCCGGUCUCAGAGUUUUUCCAUCAUGUUACUUCAGAAAACUAAACAUCUAAAGCUGUUUUAGAUAAAACUAAGUGACUUUGACGUUCAUAACGCUGUCUUACAACACCUUUACUUUCAUCUGAAGCAUGUUUUACACCAAGUCCAAUACUAACCAUUGAAUUAACAACUGCAGUCAUAAAGAAGAAGAGAAGGUUUGUUAUAGUUUAUAAUUAAUGUUUCCUAAAAGAAUCAACAUGGAAAAUGUAUCAGUUUAUUGGUGAUUGCAGAUUAAAAUCAAGUCCAGUACAAAUAAAUUAAUAUCAAACCUGGUUCUAAUCUAAAACACGAGCAGUUAGAGAGUUAAUUAAAAGACAAAUGCUCGCUCUUCUGUAUGAGAAAUAAACAUGAUCAAAGACUCUCCAGCUGUGGUUCUGUCUGCCACAAACCACUCUGAAGACGCCAAGGUCUCAUCUGGCACUGGGUUUUGGAUGGGCUCUAGGUUCACUUUGGAUACCUUAGUGUGAAGAAGGUGCACUCAAAAAAAGUUACUGAAAGUGUAAAAGAUGGGUGGAAAGUUAAAAGAAAUGGCAAAGCAUUAUUAAAAAAUAAACGUAGUGUAGAGGACGAUGCCAAGCAAACAUUUACAACAGGGUGAUCAAACCCAGUUCUGACUUGGCCGGGUCAGGCUUCUUUGAUGGACUAAAGCGUUCUGUUCAGUUUCCAAAUUACUACCACUGGAACUUGCACUUUUACCUAGACCAACCAAUCAAAAGGAGACUUUUUUGGGAGCUGCGUCGAAUUAUUCACCCUGUGAGGUAAAGGGGAGUCUGAAGUCAACGAGUUACUGAGAGGUUUUCCUCUCUGAUGUUGGAAAGUUUCACAACAUUUCAGCUUAACUGAAACAAACUGCUAAGUGUUGCUUUGCAUAUCCAAGGUAUUUUAAAAAUAAAAUCAACCUACUGAGUAAAAGCAGUUUAAUAUUCAGGAUUUGGACAUAAUGAACAUCCAGUAUUGAAGCUUUUGUUGAUUUUUUAAAGUAUUUUAAUAAGAAAGAACUAUGAGGGUUAACCUUCAUGAUACCUUGUUGUGCCUCUUUAAAAAGAGUCCAAUGCAGCUGCAGACAGUUUUUAAAUAACCAGAAACAGUACAACAGCAGCCUAGAAGGUUGGUUUUGACUAAAUGAUAAAAUCCAGCUGGUUAGGUAAAGUGGGCAGGGGAGCAAGGGGCAUCUAUCUGGAGAUAAAAGGGUUGGCUGGACUGUGAUGGCGUCAGAAGGAGGUUCAGAGACAUUACCCAGAGCGAGAUGAUGCUGGAGGUUUGGUAAUGAGCUGCAGCAUGGUGUGUUCUCCUCAGGCAAGAAACACAGGGAACACGCAGACUGAACACGGAUUAAAAUCGUUCAUGUCUCAUUACCAACGUUUUUACUCAGAGUAAAAUCUUUAAAUCUUUACCAACAUAGUCUUUGGAGAGUAAUUCUAAUGCACAGGAGAAAAAACUUGAUUGUGAAAAUAAACUGAUAGCUGCAGGAUGUCUCAAGGUGUUUCGCAGCUGCUUGUAACUCCUGAACCAUAAACAGGAAUUACCAGAGGGAUCAAAUGUUUAGUUUGUUUUUUAAUUUGUGAUUCAAAAUGAUUUCAGGAAGCUGGACUCAGUUGCUCCACAAGGUGAGCUCAAUAUUUAAGGUUCAUAGUAGUUCUCCAGUAGAUGUCGCUGAGAGUCACCCUCUUUAGGGUGCUACAAGCGGUACCUAUGCAGAUGUUUUGUUGCAUUUAUUCAGUCUCACCCUUCUGUCAGUGCUGCAGGGUUUAUCCUUUAAUUUGAUGACAUUCACGAAUGUUCUGCAGAAACAUUUCCUGGGAUAGUGAAGGCAUCAUCUGUCCCCAUCUAUCAUAUCGGAAGGACUUUAGGUAAUGCAGUACUGAGCUCUAACAGGACAACUAUGAAGCCAGGUCCAUUAUCUGAGGCUAGGAGAAUAUUAUCAUUGUCUCGUCAUUCUGGAACUAUUCAGAAUGAAUAAUUCCAGUCGAUAUAGUGGAAGUGGGACCAAGUCAUUGUUUUGCAAAUCUCAAGUCUUUCCAAUGGGUCCCUGGUCAAGUCCCAAGUUAAGGAAAAAGUCAAAACAUGCAAGUUUCUAUUCAAGUCUAGCCUAAAGUUCAGAUAUUAAGUCUUAACCAAUUAUGUUUAACAAAUAUGAUAUUUAAUCACAGGGUGACGCUAGUUUCUAAAGAUCAUUAAUGUGAUUUAACAGAUGUAUUUAUCUGCUGUAAUAAGUGUUACUGAACUUUAAGAUCUUUAAAAAUUAUAAAAUCAAUGCUGAAGUUGCAUUUCACAGUAAAUAUUAGCCCAGUAGGACAACAAAGGGAUUAUUUAUUUCUGCCUUUAUUUACUAAACCUUAUUGAUCUUUUUUAUUGUUUUGAACCACAUUUCUUACUUUAAAGUGUCACUGUCUUUAGCUGCACGUGUUUCUAAAAUAAAUGAAAUGUCUUCCAAGAACAUA